UAUGUCCCAAAAACACCCUUUUGAACUAGCAAAAAAAGGGCUUGACGAAAUUUGUUCAUUUCUAUUGGACUACCUUACUAAUAAAACACCCCCAACCAUUCAAGAGGUGUACCUCUUUAGCGAUAACUGGAGGAAAAUAAAAAUCACAGCAUUGUCAGGAUGCUCCUAGCAUUAACAGAUACAGGUCGAUUUCAAAAAAUUACUUAUUAUUACCCACAAAGAGGGCAUUUAUUCCUUCCUUGCGAUCGCAAUUUCUCCGAGAUAAAAAGACAGAUUCGAAAAAAGGAUAGGUUUUUAACUAUUCAUAAAAUAACAGAGAUGAUCAUUAGCAGCAGCAACAAGAAAAAGUUUAUUGUUCAAGAAGUAUCAACAGACAAAUAGGUGGGCAUGUCGCGAAAUAUUAAGCAGUCAGUUCAUUUUACGAUUUUUUCCUAUUGUUUUUUUAAAUAUGAUUUAGAAAAACCAGGUUGUUUAGAGGUAAAGGAAUACAUAGAUGGGUUGUCAACACACACUUUCCAGUUAAGACAGCCUGGUAGGGCUACUUAUAUAAAUUUUCCAAGUAAUCUCGCAUAUCCCACAGGUCAAGUACCAAUAAAAAUGAAAAAGAUCACUGACAUAAAGAAGUGUGUACAGUUUGUAGAAGAAGAACAUAAGAAUUUCUAUGACUUAAUCUUACAGUGGCCAAAAAUAGAGGGCGAUAAUGCAGAUGACUAAAAACUUAUUAUUUUAUUUAAUAGACUGGUAUUUUGUAUUAACAUAUUUUUUUUAAUAAAAAAAUGGCUAAAUA